AUAGAAAUUCCUCAUUCAAGUUUAUAAAUAUAUUGUAAGAGGAUCGUAAACAAUUGUCAAAUAACAAUCGUAAACAUAAACACUGGAAUCUGAUGAUGUCUUUACUUUUAGUUUACAAGUGGAUGGAUCAUCUCGUGUGCAUAAAUAUUCCUAUCAAAUAAAAUCGAAGUUUUAUGAACUACGAUGAUAUUCAAAUAUAUGAAGAUUAUAUUGAUUCUCCAAGCGUCUUCAACACAAGGUGGAAAAUACUGCAAUAUAAUUUCAGCAGAUGAAAAAAAGUGCCACUUAAGGGAAUCACUUGUCAUCAUCGACCAUAGCGCUAAUCAAAUAGCAGUUGACAAGAGAUCUAACACCUUGUACUUCAGUUUCGAUGCUGGCCAAGGGGAAUUCAACCCAGCGUUGAUCGGCAUAGAUUCCAAAAAGCUGAAGCUGCUAAAAGGAGUUAAAGACGCUUUUGCUAUAGCUACGGAUGACAAAACUGGUGAUGUGUAUUUCGGUGGAAGCAGCGGUGUUUAUAAAUUUAGCCAUUUAAACAGCAAGCUUAUGAGACUGGAUAUAAAGCAGCUGGAUGUAUGGUGGUUAGUGAUACGGAAUCAUAUAUAUUACAUACAGUUUCCAGACUUGAAGGCCUAUGUGUAUAAAUGCAAGAUGAUCAAGUUGUUAGAGCAGCUUCACAGCAGCGUUAUGAACCAGUUUGUCUUCGAUGCUGAAAAGAAUAUUUACUUUAUAAACGGAACAGGUCUUUACAGAGUUGGGAAAGACGACACAAAGGUGGUAUUACUAAGAAGCACACCAAAAUUUUUGGGAAUGACUACAAACAUUUAUGGUACAGUGUACGUGUGUAGCGACAGUGGUAUUUACUACAUUAGGAAAGAUCAGAAGUUGGCUAAAUUUGUGAGCAUCCAAGGCGUGUUAGCGUUGACAUUUGACAAAGAUAACCACUUGAUUUACUCUGAUUCUCGUGAGCUAGUCCGUCUCCUGCCUAUGGAGAAGAGAAUCAAGAAGAAUGAAUCUCGGAAGUCUCUUGCUGGUGAUGUGAGGAAUGUGACUGUUUGUGAAGUCUUCACGAUGCUUGUUAGUCCAAAACCAAAAGCGAUAGUGGAAGAAGAACAUCAAUGCGCUAAUUCAUUGAACUCCUUGUAACAAAAUGCCUGGAAUACUUUAUGAAGUGGUCUACGAAACGUUCUUAUUCAAAGUUUAAAUUGUUGAACGGACUGGCACUAGAAGUAUUUCGGUAUUUUUUCGUUUACGUUUUUUCGUGAUUUGGUUUUUUUUUUCAAAACAUUAAAAUCGUAUUAAUUAUGAAGUCUUAGGUUUUGUAUUUUUUAUACCAGCAUGAAUAAAUGGUUAUCUUUGUACUUCAUCGGAUAAUAUUAGUGUCACUUUUUAUACAAAACCUGUUAUUGUUCCUUAUGUUUCAACACACUUUAGUUGUUGUAUUUAUACAAACAUGACUAAGUCACUUUCACUAAAGAGAAUUUGUAAUAGGUGGUUUGUCAAAAUAAAUUGUGUAGCCACAGUAAAUUUACUGCCAUCUGACACAUGAUCAAAACUUGAAGAACACCAUUUGACUUUGAUCCUUAUUCUUUCACUGAUAUGUGUUAAUUUUGUUAGAAAUCAAAAAAUAGAGCAUAGGCCAAAAGUAUGGCGAUACCUUUUCGAACGAUUCGUUUCGGCGUUCUAAAGUUUUACUCGUGUGUCGAAAGAUGGCAGUAAACUGACUGUGGCUACGAAAUUUACAUCGACAAUCCACCUAUAUUUCAAUUUUUUUUUGCUCUCACUUUCAAUGUAAAAAAAUAUGCAGAUACCAACACGAAUGAUGACAGCAUAAAAAUAUAAAAUAAAAUAGUAGAGAUUUUAUAUGCAUAUCGCAGUGGACGGACAGCAGAACCCUUUUACCAUAUCAAGUAAUGAAUUUUUAUGACUAUUUAAACAACGUUAGUACAUUUUCAUGCACAUUUUAAUGUAGUUAUUAAAUAUGCGCAUUUAUUUGGAAUACAAACAAGACAUGAACCAAUGUUUUCAUUUUCAACGAUUUCGAUAUUUAUUCAUUGGAUGUAAGUUUAAUUUUUUUUCUUUUGAUCAGAAUGUAUUAAAAAUACGGAAUGUAUUGAUUUAAGUUAACAAUCCUUUGUAAUUUCUACAAAAUACAAAUAAAAUACAAAAAUACAAAAUAGUUUAUUUGGCUUAACUUAUAAUACACAUAACAUAAAGGGCUGGAAUCUCCCAUUAAGUAUAACAAUACUUGUGUCGGGAGACCCCGCUCUUCCAUUAAAAAUUUCUAAUUUGGUUUGAUGAGGAUUUGUGAUUCCUUGAAAUCUAAGAGAAUUCUAAACAGUUGUCUGGAAAAGAUCGCUUCUUAGAGAUAAGACUGCGUGUUGUUACCUAACUUUUAAGUGUUUUUUAAUUUUCUGUCUAUUUUAACUGUAUGGUGCACAAUAAAUAAUAAUACUUACUUAGAAUCUAAGGAAAGGUUAAGGCCGCCACGUACAUUUUUCUUUUUUAAUUUUAUUUAUUUAAAUUGUAUUGCAUGAGAGGAAGCCUUUGCCCAGCAGUGAGACGUAUAUAGGCUGAAUUAUUAUGAUAAUUUA